AUGAUGACGCCUACUGUUAUGCACGAGUUGAUGCAUGUCAUUGGCUUAUGGCAUGAACAUCAGAGAUACGAUCGCGACAAAUAUAUCGAUGUUAUCUUUGAAAAUAUCGCUAAAGAAUACCACGAUCAAUUUACGAAAGUGUCACCGUCCAAGGCUACCACUUACAAUGUACCGUAUACUUAUACGUCUGUGAUGCAUUAUGGACAGCGGGCCUUCGCGGAGCCAAACAAAAUCAGCAUGCGGACCAAAAAUCCGGAAUUUCAGGAUGUGAUCGGUAACGCCGAUGACGCCUCGCCUUUCGACUAUAUGAAGAUCUGCGAGAUCUACGGUUGCAAGCAAUGUAUGGGCAGGUCACAAUGA